AUGACACGUUUUUUAUGGCUGAGUGACACAACAGACCCUAAUAGUCAACUGAUUACUUACAGAUUUAGGACUGUGUUGUUUGGUGCGACAUGUUUCCCAUUCAUUUUAAAUGCAACUUUAUUGAAACAUCUCGAUGCCAACGCUUCCGUCUGGGUUAGUGUCGUAUUACGAAGAGAUUUGUAUGUUGACAACAUUAUUUCCAGUUUCGCCACAGAAGCAGAUGUUCUUUCCUACUUCCGUGUGACACGUGAUCUGAUGUCGUCUGCUGAUUUCAACCUCCGGUCCUGGAACUCUAAUAGUAGUCGUCUACGUGAACUUGCCACUACAGAGAAAGUACUUGAUACAGAUAGGCCGACAAAGAUUCUGGGUCUGCGAUGGGACGCUGACGCUGAUGAAUUAUUUCUUCAACAUACUAUUUUUCCUAAAAGUGACUUCAUCACGAAACGAGAAAUUUUACAACGGACGGCAAAAGUGUACGAUCCACUUGGGAUUUUGAGUCCAGUCACAAUCAACGCGAAGAUUUUACUUCAAGACAUCUGGCAACAGAAAUAUGACUGGGAUGUGCCACUUCCGGAAGAUUUGCAACAGAGAUGGAAUGAGUUAUCAAAUGACUUUAAUACAGUUUCAAGUCACAAGUUUCAGCGUUAUUACUUCUCGCCAAACGACAUUUCUGACACAGCAGACGACAUACACAAUGUUGACGUCCACACUACACUGCACGUGUUUGCUGAUGCCAGUCUACGAGCCUAUGGAGCAGUACCCUACCUAUGUAGAGGAAACCAGUCUACAUUUGUUAUAUCAAAGACCCGAGUCGCACCUCUUAAGGAACUUACAUUACCCAAGCUAGAACUGAUGGCAGCAGUCAUUGCUGCACGUCUCGCAAAUCACAUCUUACAGUCAGUUGCUACCGAGUCCGUACAUUUAUGGUCGGACAGUCAAAUCAACUUACAUUGGUUAGAUACCUCAAAACAGCUAAACAGAUUUGUCCAAAACAGAGUAUGUGAGAUACACGAACUGACAGACAACCGGAAGUGGAAAUAUUGUCCAACUAAUGACAAUCCCACUGACCUGCUUACACGUGGCGUAACAUCUUUAGAGUAUUUAAACAGUAUACUUUGGAUGAAAGGUCCUUCAUGGUUACAUGACCAUUACAGAUGGCCAAAGUGGGAGAUAACCGACAGUACCGUGUUAACGACAACAGCAGAACUGCAAUACGAUAACAACAGCUGUAACAUACAAACAUGUUCUUCAUCAGAAAACACCAUCGUGGGAAUUAAUGGAAUUAAUAGCAUAAUGGAUGUCAACAGAUUCAGUAACUACAGGAAGUUGCUACGAGUCACAGCAUACGUUACGCGAUUCAUUGACAAGUGCAGAUCACCACGAUGCUCAGCCAACCUUGAACUACUCACCGUUCACGAAUUACAGCACGCGGAAAUAAUGUGGAUCAGAAGCUAUCAGAGUGUAACAUUCCACAAUGAAAUAGAUAAUAUGGACUCCAAAGAGACUCGAUGA